UACCGUGUGGAUCCGUUAUCGGUCCCAAACCAAUCGGUCGCCAGUAGAUUAGCUAUAAGUCUUCCGGGAACGACAAAUAAUCGAACAGGACGUGUCAUUGCCUCGAUCGGACGAUAAUCCUCUAGCAGACCCUACCAAAGUUUCCUGGUAACCGUGUUUUGUGCAAACAUGCAAACUAAACCUGUGUGGUCCUGGUUUUGGAUGUUGAAGUUUUUGAGUUGCACAGCGAUAUUGACCGUUUCCGCGCAACAACAAACAGAUUUGUGUUUUCGGGACGACCCAAAAAUAGACAGCUGCAUCCGAGAAAGAAUCAACGAUGUGAUCGACAAAUUUCAUGAAGGUUUGGACGAUUUUGGACUGAGUGCCGUUGAACCGAUAUUUGUUGAAAGUCCGUUGCAUUUUGAACAAAAGGGACGCUUAAUCGGAGGAAAAAUUUCAGUUAAAAAUAUGGUAACAGAAGGUUUAACUUCAAUUAAAUUACAAUCACUCAGAUCAAAAUUUAUCAAUCCGAAUAAAGUGGAAGUUGGAUUCACAGCCCACUACCGUAACAUCAAAACUUCCGGCCAAUAUAAAUUCAAAGGAUACUUGGGGAGAAUUGCGAUUAAUGCAAACGGAAUAUACAAUAUUACUUUCAAGGACGUAGAAGCCAGCUACCUAAUGAAGGCGACGGCUAGAGAAUUAGGAAAUGAGACUUUCUUACAACUAGAUCACGCAAUUACUCAUCCGCCAAAAUUUGGAGAAACUAAAGUUCAAGCUACCGAACUGGUAGCAGGAAAUGCUGUUUUGAGCCGAGUGGCUUUGAGGUUUGCCAAUCAGUAUGCAAAUCAACUUGCAGACGAAAUGUUUCCAGUUGUGGGACCCUCAGUGGACUCCAUUACCAAGAAUAUGUGCAAUCAAAUAUUGAUGUUGUAUCCUUACGACGUUAUACUGCCGCCCACUAGAGUGAAAUGACGAAUGAUCGAUAAAAGAAAUAGGAACUAUUGUUAAUUAUUUAUUUACAUAUUAGUUAGGUACAUUUUCAUUGUAUCUAAAAUUUUGUUGAAAUAAUUUAUUGAUUUAACAAUUAUUGUAUGUUAAUAAUGUUCAAGUUCCGUAUUAAUUUAACAGAAGUGUAUAGUAAAUAAUUCUUAUAUUAGUCGUUAGUGCGUUUAAACAGACCCAUUUGAUUUUACAUGCGGUAAUAUGUCUAUAUACAUUUUAUAUCUAAAAUACCAUCGUUAUUUCUAUACCUAAUUAAAAUACACA